AUGCAUCAGAAUGCUAAGAGUAAGCCUCAGAGUUCUACUUUAAGAAAGUCAUUAGAAUACGAGGUGGCUCACAAUGUCUUACUGUCCCCUUUGUGUGUUUCCCUCCAGGCGCCCACCGGCGGGCCUCCUCCUCUCCCCAGCAGCUCCCUGCCGGAGGGCUACUACGAGGAGGCCGUCCCCCUCAGUCCAGGCAAGGCCCCUGAGUACAUCACCUCCAACUACGACUCGGACGCCAUGAGCAGCUCCUACGAGUCCUACGACGAGGAAGAGGAGGGCGGCCGAAAGGCGCGCCACCAGUGGCCGUCCGAGGAGGCGUCCAUGCACCUGGUGAAGGACGCACGCAUCUGCGCCUUCCUGCUGCGCAAGAAACGCUUCGGCCAGUGGACCAAGCUGCUCUGCGUCAUCAAGGACAACAAGCUGCUGUGCUACAAGUCGUCCAAGGACCACGCGCCCCAGAUGGAGCUGUCCCUAUCGGGCUGUAGCAUCUCCCACGUGCCCAAGGACGGCAAGAAGAAGAAGCACGAGCUGCGCAUCGUCCACCAGGGCACGGACGCCCUGGUGCUGGCCGUGCAGAGCCAGGAGCAGGCCGAGCAGUGGCUCAAGAUAAUGAAGGAGGUGUGCGCCAACGGCAGCGUGGACUCUGAUGGCGCUGGGUCCGGGUCUCCGGUACACAAACCCGAUCUGGAAAAGGUGUCGUGCGAUAGGCCGGGUUCGGACGGAGAGCUGCCCCACGAGAACGGCCACGGAGGAGACUGCAAGGACGCAGGGAAGGGGAAGAAAGCCGGCAAGACGGAGCAGAAGAGCGGGACCCUGGGUAAAGGGGCGAGCAAGAAGAUCACCAAGAUCAUCGGCCUGGGCAAGAAGAAGCCCUCGGAGGAGCAGACCUCCUCGGCAGAGGAGGAGGUGCCCACAUGUGGCUACCUGAACGUGCUGUCCAACAGCCGCUGGCGCGAGCGCUGGUGCCGUCUGAAGGAGAACCAGCUGCUGCUGCACAAGGACCGCGACGACCUGCGCAGCCACAUGGCCUCGCUGCCCCUGCGCGGCUGCGAGGUCAGCCCCGGACUGGACCAGAAGCACCCCUUCGCCUUCCGCCUGCUGCGCAACGGCCAGGAGGUGGCCGUGCUGGAGGCGUCCUCCUCCGAGGCCCUGGGCCGCUGGCUGGGGGUCCUGCUGGCCGAGACGGGCUCCACCACUGACCCGGCGGCACUCCACUACGACUACAUCGACGUGGAGACCACCGCCAACGUCAUCCAGCUGGCCAAGCAGUCCUUCUGUUUCACCAGUAAGCGUGCUGUGUCUCCCAACCCCUACCUGGACAACCCGGUCAAUGGUGGCUACUCACGUCCCAGUGGUGUGGCCCUGCAUUACGACGACGUUCCCAUCAACGGCAUGCUGAAGGGGAAGAAGGGGGCGGCGACCAAUGGGACAGCGUCAAAGCAGAAGGCGGAGCCAAAGAACGCGCCCAAGAAGAACGGAACCAACGGCGUUAAUGGAACCAACGGCACGGCCUCCAUCAAGCGCAACAACUCCAGCGUGGACCAGUACAAGUACGGGAAGAACCGCGUGGAGGCGGACGCCAAGCGGCUGCAGGCCAAGGACGACGAGCUGGCCCGCAGGAAGCAGGAGAUCCGCAACCGGCUCACCCAGCUCAAGAAGGAACGCCGCGACCUCCGGAGCGCCGUGGAGGCCGCCGCCGGCAAGCGGACCCUGGCCUCGCUGACGGAGCGCCUGAAGAAGGUGGAGGACGAGUGCAAGCAGAAGGAGGAGGAGCGCGUCACCCUGGAGCUGGAGAUGACCGAGGUGCAGGAGAGCCUGAAGAAGGCCCUGAGCGGAGGGGUCACGCUGGGCCUCACCAUCGAGCCCAAGUCCGGCAGCUCCACUCCUCAGUCCCCAGUGGCGGUGCGGCGGACCCUGGAGUCGUCCCCGUUCUCCAGCUGUGACACCAGCGACACCGAGUCCCUGUGCCUGCCCGUCAACAGCGCCUCGCUGCUUCGCAGGCACCCGGCCGGCCAGAAGGUCCCCCCCGUCAGGGGCCACGUCCUCAGGAAGGCCAAGGAAUGGGAGAUGAAGACAGGCACAUAAGAUUUCAUACUUCUGGUGUUUUACUUUAUUUUUGUGUAUAUAUUUAUUUAAAAAGACCUUCCAAGCAGUCCGAGGACACACAAGCAUAGCAGACCAAGCAGGAGAAUAAGUAUCGUAACUGAAACCAAGCGAGUUCUCCAAGCAUACCAUUAGAUAUUUUAGCGUUGAGCAUGCUUAGUUAGUGUACUUAGUCGGGUACAACUAUGUUGUUACAACUGUACCUGUUUUUCAUUCCAAAAGUGUAUUUGCUUUUUCAUUUUUUUGAUUCCACCUAAUCCAGUUUCAGAUUCACACUUUGGGUUUAAAAGCUCUUAAAGGUCAGACGUAUUUAUUUGUAAAUGUUUGAAGAAAAUACUAGCUUCCCAUGCUUUAUUUAUGUCAAUAUAUUUAAUGUAAUUUUCUUUUUGAUGAAUGAAAGCCCUCCACUGACUUUCUUGUAUUUUAUUAUUUUACAGUGACAGCAGUCAAAUUUCCAUUAUACAUCCUUUAUUCUUUGCAUUUUUUUAAACUACUUUUUUGUCAGUGACAUGACGACGUCUGCCGUUGGUGCUAUUCAAUUGAUAUCUUGAGAUGGGACAUUUCAACUCAAAAAGCCCCAAGUGUAUAUUUAAGCGUUUUUUUAUUAAGGAUGCAGUUAUUAGUAUUAAGGACACUAUUGGGACAUUAUCUAAGAUAAUUCAUAACAGGAACUAAUUAUCAUGCUUCUGGUGAUCAUUUAAAUGUGUUUGAUUACAACUGCACAAAGCAAAUGUUAGCCGGACGCUACUAUCGUGUUUAGUUAGCCACUUUGGUAGGUCAAAGUUAGAAAAAAACAAGAAUGUGCUUUUUCAAGGGCCACCCUGAAAACUACAAUACCAAACACUGUUCAUGCCAUUUCUGUUCCUGAUUGGUUAAUAAAGCGGUGCUAGGUGAUUGGUUAAUGAUGCUGCCAAUUCUUCAAAGGAAAACAAACCGUUAGAGCUUGUCCCCGCCCACUAUCAACAUUUAAAAAACGCUUUCUCCUGAACCUUUCACAGUAAUGGGCGGUGCUUAUCGCUGUUCAGGCCUCCUCUCUCUUGCCCAAGCCCCUCCCACUCACUCACGUCAAUCCGAUUCAGGGGGGUCAGAAUGUUUGAUUGACGUUAUCCCCAAGCUAUCAAUGACAGGAAAUGCCCGCAAUUGCAUUGCAAUAUAGAGGCAAAUUUCAGACAAUAUUUACAUUGUAUCCUACGUUUUCCAAAAUGUUCUGCGUAUAUGUCGAGAUUCUGAAUAGGGUCAAUCCAUAACACCCACUACAUCACUUUUAAUCUAAAAUAUGUUGUGCUAGGGUUUAGUUGUCCUUUCAACAUCCCUUAAAUAUGGCAGUGUGGGGUCUGAUUGGGUACUCGGGACCACACCCACAUUUCUAUAAAUACCCGUUAGGGAGAUGGGGUUUGUUGUUUCUCUUCUGUAUAUAUUAUCUAUCCUGUACUCUCCACCUGGUGCAUUUUUUAAAGUCUGCAAACUUUAACGCAGUCUGCAUGUCGGCAUGAAAAUGAGGAUCUUUUAAAAAAAAAAUCUUCCCUUGGCUUCACAUUGCUUGUCUGAGAACAGUUAUUGUGAACACAUUGUAAAUACCUUUGCUGGAUAAGAAGGGGGUGUGGCUAUUAGGAUUGGGGCGGGGUUUGAGGGUUUGAGUUUGAGUUUGCACCUUAAGAUCUUUUGUACUCCGCUGUUUGACUUUUGACAGUUGCCGCCUCGGUGACAAAUAAACGUGUACAUACAUAAACAUAUUGUAAUAAACAUAUUGACAAACAUUGCUCUCUGGACUGCUUAUUGCCAGCGAUCUGAAAACAAUAUUUCUUUGUCGUGGUUCUCCAAACUCCAGAGUGUCACAUUCAGUGGCGACUGGUCAUUAGGGGCAAGUGGGGCUCGGCCCCACCUACUCUCACAAGAAAAAAAGAAAAGAAAAUGAAAAUGUAUAAAAAUAAAUAUAUAAAAAAUAUAAUAUAUAUUUCUAUAUAUAUAUACAUAUAUAUAUAUAAAAAUAAUCUCCCCAGAAAUUACUAUAAAAUAAUAAGUUCAGCGCUUUUAUUUAAUUUUUAGUCGACCCUGGCUUGCUUCUUCCGGCUGAGUUCGUCUGGAGGGGCAAGAGGUGCUCUAGCCCCACCAGCCCAAUGCAAUGUGAAUUGGACUUGAAACUUUGAAAUGCGCAUGCUCAGAGUGUUUCUCUGU